AUGGCAUUGGCAACCAAGAUUGACGUGAAAAGUUUGGACGAGCAGUUGGAGAAUCUCCACUUGCGCUUUAUGAAGAAGAAGAAAGAAUUGCAUGACCAAGAAAGCAAAGUCAUCAACGUGAGAGACGUGGUGGCCAAAGAAGUUCCUCAAGAAUGGAAAAUCAUUCGAGAGAAACUUGUCGUGAAACAAGUUUUUGCUCGUGGAGGCUUCGGUACUGUACAUAAAGGCAUCUACGAUGGGCAAGAAGUUGCAGUCAAAAUAUUGGAGUGGAGAGAAGACGGCCGAACAAAAGCUGAAAUAGCUUCUUUGAAGAAAGAUUUUAGGCAAGAGGUUUCUAUUUGGCAUAAGCUUGAUCAUCCUAACAUUACUAAGUGUAUUGGAGCCACAACGGAUAAUGAUUCAGCCUCUGUUAUUACUGAGUAUCUUUCUAGAGGAACCCUAAAAGCCUUCAUCAUACAACACCGGAAAAAGAAGUUGCCUCUCAAGACAGUCAAACGACUGGCAGUUGAUCUUGCUAAAGGAUUGAGUUAUUUGCACUCCAAGAACAUUGUUCAUAGAGACGUGAAAACGGAAAAUGUGCUUCUUGAUAAGGAUGGUAGGGUGAAGAUAGCAGACUUUGGAGUUGCUCGUCUUGAGGCUUCAAAUUUAGUAGAGAUGACAGGCUACACGGGAACCCCUGGAUACAUGGCCCCUGAGGUCUUGGAAAGUAAACCCUACAACAGAAAAUGCGACGUUUAUAGCUUCGGCAUUUGCUUGUGGGAGAUGUAUUGCUGCGAUAUGCCCUACCCUAACAUCACGUUCUCCGAAUUGACUUCAGCUGUUGUUUAUAAAAAUUUGAGGCCAGAGAUACCCAAGCAUUGCCCAAGCUCUCUAGCCAAAGUGAUGAAACAGUGCUGGGAUGUAGAACCCAAGAGAAGGCCAGAAAUGGAGGAGGUUGUUUCCAUGCUAGAGGCAAUUAACACGUCAAACAGUGAAGCCUCAAUUCGUAGUCAUGCUCCUUCGGGUUGCUUCAGCUUCUUCGGCUCAAGACGCUAA